AUGCUCGGUGAACUUGAACGAGAAUUCUGCGAAGGCGCAUCCACUUUGUGCCGUGCACUACGAGUGAACGAGUUACAAGGGGUGGUCGCUCAAACGCAUGCGUCGUCGCCUCGCUGCUCUGCAUACUUGGCAGCUCAACUCCACGAGCUAGCGGCCGUGGUGAAGGCCAAGACACCGCCCGCGCCCGCCAUUCCCGAACUUGGCAGGCUCGUUGUGUUCGGUGCCGGGGACAAAGUAGGCAGCUACGUGAGGUCGCUCCGCGAGCUGGGCGUGGAGGCGUCCGCGGCGCCGCAGUGGGGCGCGCCGGUGUGCGUGUUGGGCGAGCCGGUGCACGGCGACUCGCCGCUGGUGGCCAGCGCGCUUGCCGGCGUCGUGGCCGCGCUCGCCACGCCGCCCAACUCCUACUCCGCAGUCACCGACCCCAUAGACCUGGUCUGCGGCCGGGGAGGGGACCUCGCGAUGCUAGAGGUUCUCACAGAGUCGGAGAUGGAUGUGGAAGGCAAAGCUCGUGUGCAAUCAAUACUCGAAGAACAAAAAAAGACUUUGAAAACACUAAUGUCGAAACCACAGAUCCAGUUAAUAUUGUACGAAACGCACUCGGCACUGGAGGCAGAGAACCAGGCGCAAGUGACCCGCGCUGUAGCCGAAGCAAACAGAUUGGCACGGGAACGACAUUCUCUACUCAAAAAGAAGCAUAAGGACCACGUUAAUAUACAAAAACCAAAAGAAGAAUCUGAGUCGUCCCCAACAAAUUCCUCAACAUCAAUAGACCCAACAAUGUCGCAAUCAGACUUCAAAGAUGACCAACUCUCGGUUGACAACUCCAAUGAUCCUUCUAAUAUAGAAUCGGAAAGAGUUUCUCCUCCGUCAACCACACGAGCGAGACCAGAAAGUGGAAAAACUGUUUUAAACAAACAAACGGAUAAAGAUAAUGCUGACCAUAGAAAAAAAUCUGGCACGACCAAAGCCAGACCCAUUCCUGAAGAUCUAAUCGCUGAAGAGGCAUUUCCACGAGAUCCUGACAAAGACAGUCCUGAUGUUUACGUUCCUAACUGCGACUUGUUUGAAGUUCAAACGUUGCCGGGCUUAGGAAAUGGAUUGGAUAUCAACUACAUUCUGGAUAGAGACGGUUGCUACCUCGGUCUCAUUCAAAGGAAGGUAGAAAUUGUUUCAUAA